AUUAAAGUCAGGCAAGAACACAUAUAACCCCCCCCCCCCAAAAAAAAGAUGACAGACCACAUAACUUCAUACAUAAAAUAUUGCAUUAUAAUAUUAGUCUAAAGUACAGACAUUUUUUCUGUUACUAUGUAAUAGCAUAGACGAAUAGCAUUGCCGGCUGUGCCUUGAGCAAGGCACUUAACCCAAAUUUGCUCCAAGGGCACCAUACUACUAUGGCUGACGCUGUGUAAAAACAGCACAUUUCACUGCACCUAACACGUUUAUGUGACAUCCUCUUCCUGCUACGAAACUCAGGGACUUUUAUUUUGAAACGUCGUCGGCGUUCAUGACACCGGAAGUGGAUUCCACGUUGCGGAAGCAAGCACAAAACAGCGGCAGCACACACGCUGAAGCAAAAUCAUCAUACGAAGAAAAUGGAAUUCAAUUUGAACAACAAGAAAACAAGCUCACAAGACUUGUUCGCGUGUGGCAACGGAGGAGGUCUUCAUGACAAGCUUCUCCUCAAGUCGAAGGGGCCCAAAGCUAGCAGUUCUUUGCAAACCAAGAGGGUCCCAAGAAGUAGUGACUGCAGAACUUCCUGCCCCAGAUGGCCCAGGCCAAUGAGAAGCUCAAGUUGCAGAUGGAGCAGGCACCUGAGGGCCACUAUGACAUAGAGAGGGUGGAGGAGUCUGGAAAGGUCAUAGAGAUGRGUGUGUCGCUGGUGGAGCUCAGUAGUUCAGACAGCGACUCACUGAGGAGGAGCACGCUCACAGAGGAGAACCUCAAACUGCCUGGCAACUACCAGAGGCAGAAAAAGAAGGUUCAUAUCCAAGUCCUGGAGAAACAAGUGGAUUAGGCCGUUAUAGGCCUCUAAAGAGACUACUGGGACAGUUGCAGUGUGUAAUAUUGACAUGCGUUGGUAAUACUAAUCAACUGACGUGGGAUCAGUUCUCCUUCUCCAAGCCCUUUUCAUAACCAUUAUGAGUGAAAGAAUAAGAACUUACCGUAGGAAGGUGAGGAGAUGGUCCUGGAGGGCUAAUGGAUUAACAGUGGAUGGAGACCUGCUGCAGUGAGGGAUAAAGGGGACACUGGUGUCUACAUAGGAGGGUGUCUGUACUAUAAGGGCCAAAUAUCAUGUGUCAACAAGAGUUUCAGUGCUAUUUGAGCCAUAAUGAGAUGGGGACUAAGCAUUGAGUGCCUUCUCAAGCAUGUGCAGUAAGAAUGUGCCUUACAUAAUUUCCUGUUUAUCUGACCAUAGGAUACUUGUAAGGUUGACGUUCAUAGUGGCUUGAUGGUUCAUUGACGGCAGAGAAAGAAGACAUUUAGCCUAUCUGUUGUCAAUCCAUUUUCAAUAGAACAUUUUCAUAUUGUUUGUGUACAUUUUUAAAUAGGAUUUAUCACUAGCAUAGAUAAUCAAGGCUACAUUUGAAUUAUUUAAGCAGAACCGUUUGACUGUAUUUCUCAUCUUCAACACCAAAUGCUUUAUAUCUGUCUGCUUUGUUUUAUGAAUAGUCCCAGCAUUAUGUUACGGUUGGUCACAAGGUUUGUGAGCUGUGAAGUUUUUCCCAGAUCAUUUGUUUCCUGAAACAAAAAGUACUGAAGCCGUGUACUGUAUUUCAUAAGUGUAUGAAAUCCAAGGUUGUUGUGUGGUUGUGAAUGACACAGCAUACACAAACGCUCGUGUUUAAAAGGAAAAAUGGAAGUAUAGACCAUGACAUCGGAUAAAUAAGAAACGGGUAUUCACCAUUGUACAACAGAAAUGUCCUUGUUUUUGAAAGAAAAGCCCAAAACAUUGUCCAUUAAAAUAAUUGAUCAGAAAUACAGUGUAGA